ACAGCAGUAGCCACGGAUACGAUUCUCAAUCAGCAAGGGCAAAAUGUAAUAUGUGUUUAUGUAGCUAUCGGUCAAAAAGCAUCUUCUGUGGCUCAGGUAGUGACCACUUUCCAAGAAAGGGGAGCGAUGGAGUACACCAUUGUGGUAGCCGAAACGGCGGAUUCCCCAGCUACAUUACAAUACCUCGCUCCUUAUACAGGAGCUGCUUUGGCUGAAUAUUUUAUGUAUCGUGAACGACACACCUUAAUCAUUUAUGAUGAUCUUUCCAAGCAAGCACAGGCUUAUCGCCAAAUGUCUCUUCUAUUACGAAGACCGCCGGGUCGUGAAGCUUAUCCAGGAGAUGUUUUUUAUUUGCAUUCGCGCCUUUUAGAAAGAGCCGCUAAAUCAAGUUCUCAGUUAGGUGAAGGAAGUAUGACUGCUUUACCAAUAGUUGAGACCCAGUCGGGAGACGUUUCGGCGUAUAUUCCUACUAAUGUGAUUUCCAUUACAGAUGGACAAAUAUUCUUAUCCGCCGAUCUAUUCAAUGCUGGAAUCAGACCUGCUAUUAAUGUGGGGAUUUCCGUCUCCAGAGUAGGAUCGGCGGCUCAAAUUAAAGCUAUGAAACAAGUCGCUGGUAAAUCAAAAUUGGAAUUGGCCCAAUUCGCCGAAUUAGAAGCCUUUGCACAAUUUGCUUCUGAUCUCGAUAAAGCUACUCAGAAUCAAUUGGCACGAGGUCAACGAUUACGUGAGUUGCUUAAACAAUCCCAAUCAGCUCCUCUUACGGUGGCAGAACAGAUAAGUACUAUUUAUACCGGAACGAAUGGUUAUCUUGAUUCAUUAGAAAUUGGACAAGUAAGGAAAUUUCUCGUUGAGUUACGUACUUACUUAAAAACGAAUAAACCUCAGUUCCAAGAAAUCAUAUCUUCUACCAAGACAUUCACUGAGGAAGCGGAAACGCUUUUGAAAGACGCUAUUCAGGACCAAAUGGAACGUUUUCGACUUCAGGAACAAUUAUAAAUAGAAAAUUCUAACUUAAUGGAAUAUAGAGAAAUCGAUUCUAAAUUGCGUCCAAUAGGAUUUGAACCUAUACCAAAGGUUUAGAAGACCUCUGUCCUAUCCAUUAGACAAUGGACGCUUUUCAUUACGAUUUUUUGACAUU